ACCACCGGCGGCGGCGGCUGCGACGGCAUGGCCGUGUGGACCCGGGCUUGUAAAACGGGGCUGCUGGAGCUGCUCCUCCGGGAACGUUGGGUCCGCGUGUCGGCGGAACUGACCGGGGAGACCCUGAGCCUAACGGCGGAACCGGGCGCCGGGGAUGCAUCGGUGGUGAACGGCGUGGUGAACGGCAACGCGGAGGCGGCGGCGGCGGCGGCGGCGGCACCCGGUUGCGUGAGGAGGGUGCGGGUGGUGAAAGCGGAGGCGGGAGGGCUCGGGAUUAGCAUCAAGGGAGGUCGGGAGAAUCGGAUGCCGGUGCUGAUCUCACGGAUCUUCCCGGGAUUGGCGGCGGAGAGGAGCGGAGCGCUCCAGUUAGGCGACGCCAUCCUCGCCGUGAACGGCGUCGAUCUCCGCGAUGCCACCCACGAUCAAGCCGUGCAGGCGCUGAAGAGAGCCGGCAGAGAGGUCAUCCUCGAAGUGAAGUUCAUGCGAGAGGUGACCCCCUACAUCAAGAAACCGUCGCUGGUGUCGGACCUGCCAUGGGAGGGGGUGGCCCCACAGUCCCCCAGCCUGAGUGGCAGUGAGGACUCAGGGUCCCCCCAGCACCAGGGGCCCCGUGACCGCAAGGUGAUCCCCCUCAAGAUGUGCUUUGCUGCCCGGAACCUCAGCAUGCCUGACCUGGAGAACAGGCUGAUUGAGCUGCACUCACCAGACAGCCGGAACACACUGGUGCUGCGGUGCCGGGACACGGCCACGGCCCACGCCUGGUUCAGUGCUCUGCACGCCAACAUCACUGCGCUGCUGCCACAGGUCCUGGCUGAGCUCAACGCCACACUGGGCUCUGGCAGCCCCACAGCCGGUGGCCGGGAGGUGAAGCACAUUGCCUGGCUGGCUGAGCAGGUGCGGCUGGACGGUGGGCGGCAGCAGUGGCGGCCGGUGCUCAUGGCGGUGACAGAGAAGGACCUGCUGCUGUACGACGGGAUGCCCUGGACCAGGGAUGCCUGGGCCUCCCCCUGCCACAGCUACCCACUGGUGGCCACCAGGCUGGUCCAUUCAGGCUCUGGGCGCCGCUCCCCUGCACUGGGCUCGGAGCUGACCUUCGCCACACGGACGGGGUCGCGCCAGGGCGUGGAGAUGCACGUGUUCCGCGUGGAGACACACCGGGACCUCUCGGCCUGGACGCGUGUCCUGGUGCAGGGCUGCCACGCUGCCGCCGAGCUCAUCAAGGAGGUGACUGUGGGCUGCACGCUGGGUGGGCAGGAGGUCCAGCUCUCCAUCCACUACGAGGGUGGAUUCACCAUCUCCAGGGAGGAGCCGGGCACCAGCGUCCUCUUCCGCUACCCCUAUGAGCGGCUGAAGAUGUCAGCAGACGACGGCAUCAGGACUCUCUACCUGGAUUUCGGAGGCCCUGAGGGGGAGUUGGCACUGGACCUGCACUCCUGCCCCAAACCCAUUGUCUUCGUCCUGCACACCUUCCUCUCAGCCAAAGUCACCCGCAUGGGGCUGCUGGCGUAGGUGCCCCGGGUCCCCUACGCUGUCAGGAACCAGCCAGGGGUCACAGAGGGACCCCCAACCUCUCCUGCCCCACCAGUGCCUUGCUGGGGCUGGGAUCCCUGCCCUGGGAGUCUCCAGGAAUGCAGCAGGAUGGCUGCCAAGGUGGGGAAAGAGCCCCUCCUGCCCCACACCAGCACCCCCAAACCUCCCAAUGCCCCAGCGGGGUGUUGGAGUACAGACACCAGCUUUAACCCCCCUGGGGCUGAAGCCAUCGCUGAUCUCACCAACUGUGCCUUGGAGGGUGGCCAACCUGGCCCUCACACCUGGUGGGGACCCCUGGUGCUCCCCAACCCAUA